CUUUCCCACUUGCUAAUUAAGGCCCUGUCUCACAGCAAGAGAGUUUGUGGCCUGCUGUUUCUGAAAGGGAAGGCCGAGGGCAACUAUGAAGCUCUUUGGAACUGUCCUCUUCUCUCUGGCUGUGUUCAGUUCUUGGAGUGCUGCUGACAAUGUACAGGGAUCUGACAUUAAUACUACAACAUCCAGCACGAGGCAAACACCUUCUGCAGCUACAGGAACUACGGGAUCUACAAGCAGUGUUCUAGCAGCCACAGUUCCUUCAUCAGGAAAUAAACCUACAGCAUCUUCUGAAACAAAUACAACAUCCCAAACAACAACAACCUCUGCACCCGAAUCUCUAGUCAAAAAUGACAGCAACUCUACAACAGGGAGAACCGAUUCACUUCCACCGAGUUCUGCGACGACAGCAUCCAAGUUGACUUCAGCAACCACCGGUCCAGCCACUAACACAACUGAUGAUGUCAGAGGGAAUAACACAUAUCCAGAAAACACGUCUCAAAAUACAACAACUGAGCCUCAGAGUACAAGAAGCAACUCCGAAAACACAGACAAGAGGCUAGAUACUCCUUCUUACUCCAGCAUUCUUUUGCCAGUCAUCAUAGCUCUGAUAGUAAUAACCUUCUCAGUAUGCAUUCUGGUGGCUUUAUACAGGAUCUGCUGGAAGACAACUCCAGAGCGACAAGAGAAUGAAACCGAACACACUUCAUUAGAUAAAGAGAAUGUGAAAUUAAUUUCUGUUAAGACAACUUUUUCAGAGUCUGGAGAACACUCCUCUCUGGGGAAGAAUAAAACUCGGCAGCAUGAUGAUUCCUCUUCACAUUUGGGCAACAAAUGUGUGUGAAGGAGUUGUAUUUCAUGGUUUCUUGCUGGAUUCAGUCACCAAAACAGAAAUGCUCCCUGGAACAGUGUGGAUCAACAGACAGUUAGAAUAUACGCAUUUAACUGCUGUAUAUCAUGUUAUUCGGAACUGCAUCCUUCUCCCAACUUUGCCUGCUGUUUUCCAUUGGAAAGCCUCUUUUCCUUUUUGUUUGUGGGUAACUACAUAACUGGUGUAUAGUAUAUAUUUAUUGCUUUCCACCUGUGUAAAAACACUGAAAGUUCAUAUCUUACUCAUGCAAAAGCAUUAAAUAUUUGACUAUUGGUUUUGUACAUAAAAAUAUUCUUCCUAUAAAAGGAGUAAAAUGUUAACGUUUUCUUGAACUUCCAAUAAAUGUUUCAUA